UAAAAGUUAAAAGAUGGCAAGUGUGACAGACCAGACGGAAUGAAGCAAGGGGUCUCAUUCUCCCUUGCCAGAGGCCUGAGUGAGGUCUUCACUGUUCUUCUAAACAACAACAGAGUGUGGGUCAUUUGGAUCUUGGGGGGAACCUUAUUCCAGAGGGCAGAUGUAUAUCUGCUUUAAUUUAGUUCAAUGUAAUUAUAUUACAGCUGUGGCUCAGGAGUUUCAGAGUUUGUAUUCUAACUCAGGAGAGAGAACCACCUUGAAGUCAGGAGCUACAAACAUUUUUCUAGAUUCCAAAGCCUUGAAUUGUGGCAGUGAUCUGGUGAAGACACAGGAAGAAUCUUGCUUUUUUUCAAAGAAAAGAAAAAAAAGAUGAUUUCACCACUGUAAUUGUUUCCAAACCCUGUUAAAAAUGUGUGGAAAUUAGGAACUAGUUAGGAAUUAUCUAACAGAUGAGUUCAUGCCUGCUUGAAAUUGACCUUUUCUUUUCAAUUAAAGAUCCUACUAUGGCUGCUACUGUGAAUUUGGAACUUGAUCCUGUGUUCUUGAAAGCUCUGGGCUUCUUGCAUUCAAAGAGCAAAGAUUCUGCCGAAAAAUUAAAAGCACUUCUUGAUGAAUCUUUGUCUAGAGGAAUUGAUUCAUGUUAUCGUCCAUCACAAAAGGAAGUAGAACAGCCCAAAGUAUCUAUUCCAAAACCAGUUUCUGUUAAAACUUCUCCAAGCCUUCCCACAGGUAAUACGAAUGGGAAAACCACUAUAGUUGAAAAGGUGAAAAAAGAGGUGGAAAAAAGAAUUGUGGAUAAGAUAAAAGUGGAAAUCAAUGAAGGAAUUGAUGUUGCAAAAAAACCAAGACUAGAAAAGCCAGAAGCUCAUCCCUCAUCAAUCACAGUGCAAACAAGCAAAGAUUUGGCCAUGGCAGACCUUUCUAGUUUUGAAGAAACUAGUGCUGAUGAUUUUGCAAUGGAGAUGGGUUUGGCUUGUGUUGUUUGCAGACAAAUGACAGUGACUUCUGGAAAUCCAUUAGUGGAGUGCCAGGAAUGUCAUAACCUCUAUCACCAAGACUGCCACAAGCCUCAAGUGACAGACAAGGAAAUGAAUGAUCCACGUGUAGUGUGGUAUUGUGCUAGAUGUACCAGGCAAAUUAAAAAAAUGGCUCAGAAAACACAGAAGCCUUCCCAGAAGCCAGCUCCUGCUGUAGUGUCAGUAGCUCCGGCUGUGAAAGAUCCACUAAUAAAGAAACCAGAAAUUAAGCUAAAGUUGGAGACUACACCAGCCUUCUUAGCAUUUAAGAGGACAGAGGUCAAGACUUCAGCAACAGUUUCAGGGAACUCAACCAGUGCUAGUGUUUCCUCCUCCUCAACCAGUGGCCUUACAGGAUGGGCAGCUUUUGCAGCAAAAACAUCUUCUGCAGGUCCCUCAACAGCCAAGAUGGGAUCUACGACCCAGAGUACCAGUGGCAAGCCCGUCACUGGCUCAAACAACCAGAAACCCACUGGUUUGUCAGGGCUGGCCACAGCCAAAGCAGGGCUAGGGUCAAAAAUAACUUCUGCCAGUAGCACAAGCCCUGGCCAGUUGAAGCCAUUGCCACCUCUGACCUUGGGAAAAAUGGGUCUUUCUCGGUCUGUGAGCAGUGACAACGUAAGCAAAGUAGGGCUUCCUAAUGCAAGCAGUUCAGCCCCAGGCAGCAGCCCAACUGUUGGUGGAAAUGGCAGCAGUGUGGCCACAGGUAGCAGUGGGAGCAACAGUAGCAAAUCAAGUGCAGAAUCGGGCAAUCAGUCUCCAUCGCUGAAAGGUCCAACUUCACAAGAAUCACAGCUCAAUGCUAUGAAAAGGCUACAGAUGGUCAAGAAGAAAGCAGCUCAGAAGAAACUAAAAAAAUAACAGAUCUAUUUGUUUAAAAUAGCUAAUUCUAUCAUUAUUUUUUAGUCUGCAAGGUGCAAACAUGUUUUUCAACUCUAGCUGAAUACAGUAAAAUCAGUGAUGUAUAAGUUUCUGUUACGUUUUCAUUUGAAGUUAAAACUAAUUUAAGUCCAGGCUGUGUGUUGGA